AUGAAUUCUCUCUCUCCCUCUUCUUCUCUCUGUCUUUGUCUGUCUCUUUCUCUACUUCCAGUAAUAAUUAUUAAACUUCAUUAUCUAUCUAUCUAUCUAUCUAUCUAUCUAUCUAUGCCAGAGAUUUCAUAUCCUUUUUCAUAUCAUUCAUGUUUCUCUUACUCUCUCUUUCGUAAAUACGGUUCAUAUCUAUCUCACUAUUUCUCAUCCUCUUUCUCCUCUUUCUCAUCUAUCUAUCUAUCUAUCUAUCUAUCUAUCUAUCUGUUCUUUCAUAUCCUUCUCAAUAAAUAUGUCUCAUAUCUACCAAUCUCAUUGUUUCACUUCCCUUUUUCACAUCUAUCUAUCUAUCUAUCUAUCUAUCUAUUGCAGUCUGUUGCCAUCUAUCUAUCUAUCUCCCCACUCUCUCUCAAUUCUGAACAAACCGUCAGUUUUAAUCUUUCCUUCUUUCUUUCUUUCUUUCUUACAUGCUCUUUCGCCAUGCCAAGUCUCCUCCGCUCCUCAAUUCACGGAUCCUCCGUCACCGACACCAUUUUCUUCAAAUUCCGCCAUCUUUAUAUACUUUUCGAGGUCAUCUAUCUAUCUAUCUAUCUAUCUAUCUAUCUAUCUCUUGCUAUGGUUUUCCAUUUGUUGUUUUUAUUCGCUUCCUUGUUUUAUUUCCUUCUUCUUUCUAUAUUCAAUUCGUUGCCCUCGUUAUGCAGUACUUAUUUCAUUUUUCUUCGUUAUUUCUUUUAUUUCAUGUGCUCUUUCUCUAUAUCUCUUUUCUUAUUUUUUUCAUUUUCAUUUUUCUCCCUUCUUUACACGCCUAUUUUUUUCUUUCAAUUUGCGCCUUCCUUCUUUUCUUCUGCUAUUUUUUUUUCAUUUACUUCUCUUUUUCCUCUUACUUUUCCUCUUUUAUUUCUUCCUCCUACUUUACGUUCGUUUUCUUUAACUUUUUUAUCCUCCUAUUUUCUUCUUGAAAUUCUUACACUUAUUCUUUUCUUUCUUCCAUUGUUUUUUUUCUUAACUUUCUCCUCAUUUUUUUCUUUAAUCUUCUUCUCUCCUUCUUUUGUUUCUUCAAUUAUCCUUUUCCUUCCUCUCCUUCCUUUUCUUACAAUUUUUAACCUUCUACUUUUCUUUCUUCAGUUAUUUUUUCAUUUACUUCUUCUGCAUCCUCUUUUCUUAUUUUUCCUUUUCUUCCUCCUCCUGCUUUUGUAUUUCAAUUCUUCAACCUUUCUUUUUUUUUUUCUUCAGUUCUUUUUCCAUUACAUAUUCCUCCUCUUUUACCUUCUUUCAAUUUUUUUUUCAACCUUCGGUUAUCUUUUUCCUUUGCUUCUUCUUCUUCUUCUUCCCCUUUUUUUUCAAUUCUUCGUCCUUCUUUUUUUUUUUUUUUUUCUUUUUCCUUUAAUUCUUCCUCCUAUUUGUUUUCUUCUUUCAAUCCUUCAACCUUUUAAUUUUAAUCCAUUUUCCCCUCCUUUUUUUUUCUUCCUUCAUUUCUUCAUCCUCGAUCAUUCCUAUCCUUCGAUUCUUCAUCUUUCAACUUAA